CAAAAGUAGCUUCACUCAAAAUGCAAUAUCUCACAAACUAAUAAUCAGACAGCUGUCAAAUUUAUACACGUAUCUUUUGAAGGUUGGUACUAACUGGAAAUGGUAUGGAUUUAAUUCUAGUGGCGCCCUCUCAUAGAAACGAUACGAACUUUUCAGCCGAUCUGUUAGAAGGGACGCGCUGUACAAAAAGUUUUGUAGACAUAAUAGUGAUUAUCGUUGAAAAAGGUAUUAGGUUGCGAGGAACAAAUAUUCGCAAAGUUUGAAACGUACAUCUCGCGAAUAUAUUCAGAGGAAAAUUUAUCUUCAUUAAAGUUAGCUGGAGUUUUAUUUGACAAGGUAUGAGAAUUGUUUUGGAGAGUGAUGUCUUCGACACAUACUGCUUAGGGACAGACGAAUUGAAAAUUUAUUUUAUAGGUGGCAGCAGUAAGCCACUAGUAUUUUAUUAUGAAUUAGCUUUAGGUUCUGAGAUAUUCAAUAUAACACAUGGGCUGAAAAUUCCCGUGCCUUACAAGACGAACAGGUUUUUUUAUAUUCAAAAGUAACUUUAUUCAUCAACGUAAUCUCCAUUAAAAGCAACCAUUUUUGUAGAACGAUUUAUCUUUUGCCUCAAAAUAGGCUGUACGAAAUUGUCUGCGUAGUCGCUGGGAGACAAAUCUGGCGAAUACGAUGGAUGUGCGAGCAACUCGAAUUUCAAUUCAUGUAGUUUUGCCAUUGUUUUGAUUGACUUGUGGCACGGUGCAUGUAACAAAAUUUUUUUCUUUGCCAUCUGCGGUCGUAUCUUUGUAAUUUCAGCCUUCAUACGUUCCGAUGACGCUAUAUAAUUUUCACUGUUAAUGGUAUUUCCUUUCUCAAGAUAGUCGAUAAAUAUUACACCACGCACAUCCCGAAAUACUGAGGUCAUAAUCUUUCCAGCCGAUUGUUGCGCUAUCGGGCGCUUUGGACGGGGUUCACCAGUUGCUGUCCAUUCAGAUGAAGAUCGUUUUGAUUCCGGAGUGAAGUGAAUGAAUCCAUGUUUCAUCCAUUGUCUCAUAUCGACGCAAAAAUUUCGGUUUGUUACGUUUAAUCAUGGCUAAACACGUUCUCGUUUUUGGUAAACAGUGCGCAAACGCGGCACCCGCUUGAACAGAGCUUCCUCAUAGUCAACGAGUUCUUUUGAUAUCUAUACGAUGUCAGCUAACUCACGCAACUUCACUUUUCGAUAAUUUAAAACGAUUUUGUGAAUUUUUAAUUGCUUUCUGGUGUUACCGCCUCAUUUGGACGUCCACUGCAUUCUGCAUCAUCGGUGUUUCUACGACCACGUUUGAAGUCAGCAAACCAACGUUUUAUUGUUGCUUCUGAUGGGGCGGAGUCUCUAUAACACUUUUCAAGCCAGUGCUUCGCUUGAACGGUAUUUUUUCCCAUCAAGAAGCAGUGUAAAAUUAAAACACGGAAUCGUUUUUGAUCCAUUGUUCUAAGAAUAACCAAAAUAGCGUCUCUCUUAGCAGAAUAAUUUACAAACUAAUGAGCUGUCUUUUAAAGGUUAGUAUUAACUGAAAAAGGUGACUGCAAUAAAACUAGCGCCACCUAUGUGUUAGGCCCGGAACUUUUCAGCCCAUGUGUUAGUAAUAAUUCAAAUUUUGUAAACAAUGAAUUUUCUAUCCUGUUGAAUAUAAUGUUAUGAGUAUUUUUAGAACGUAAGAUUUAUAUAUUGAAUUAAUUUUAAUUACAUGAACUGAACAUAAACAUUACUGACACUUUAACGGUCAAAACAACAACCGAAAAUAACAUUCAACAUUUUAUAAAUCGAACGUGAAAACUGUUAGAGAACCUGAUGCCUAACGUACCCCACCAGAAGGAAAUUGUUGACGUCAAAUGUAUUUCUCAUAUCAUGUUCCUGCAGAAGGUCCUUCGGUAGCAGACGAUCAGCGGGAUGAGAAUACUUAAACCGCUAUUCGUCAUCGAAAAAGGUGUUUUUGGCGAGACGCGCUAUAGAACUCGUUGAAAGCAAUCGGUCUCUCAUAAAUCUCACCCUCAAUAGCACCACGUUUGGCUAAAAUAUCGGCUCUUUCAUUGCCUGGAAUGGAGCAAUAUGCCGGGACCCAAACUAUUGUGAUUUGAUAAUUAUUGUUCAAUAUGUCGUUCAGACACUGUUUUAUUUUGCCCAAGAAAAACGGUUCAUUUUUGCCAGCAGCGUUUGAACGAAUGGCUUCAAUUGCACUCAGACUAUCUAUAAAGAGAAUAUAAUGCUUUCGAGAUUAUGUAACGAUUACACUCAAACUAUAAUGAACUGCUGCUAACUCUGCUAUAUAAACAGAUGCAGGUUCUUGAGGCCUAAAUGAAGCCGAAACAUUAUUGUUGAAUAUACCAAACCCAUUAGCCUCUUCAAUUCGUGAUCCGUCCGUGUAAAAUAUUUUCUCAGAGUCAAUAUGCCAAAACUUACUUGUAAAUAUUUUUGGGAUUUCCAUCGAGCGUAGGUGUUCCGGGAUUCUACGCACUUCGUGCUGCAUGGAUGUGUCGAAAAAUAAAGUUGAGUCAGGGACAUUUAAGAGGCUGACACGGAUAGGAAUAUAUAUUGAUUCCUGUGACAUACUGUCGUGAAUCUUGUUUGAGAUUGAAGCUCAACUAGCCUUUCGAACUCAUUAAUAACCAGAGGUUUCAGUACCUAACAUCUUAUUAGCAAUCGCGAUGAAAGCUCCCAAAAACGAUCUUUCAAUGGAAGAACUCCCUUCAGAACUUCAAGACUCAUUGUAUGUGUCGAAUGCAUGCUAUCAAACUACAUUGUUACCGACGAUAUUGACAACACGCUGCAGUAAUAUAAAGUAAAUACCGUAAUGGAAUCUGUCACUUGGGUUACAAACUAUCCUAUCAUCUCAAUAGAAGAGAACCUUUUAUCUCGAUGCUAGUGUUCAUUUGGGCAAGCAUAGCCUAGAUUGUCUGGUAUGGAAAGUGCGGAAGCUGCAAACCCCCAUCCUCGAUCAGAGUGGCUCAUAAAGGUAAAAAAAGAUUAGAAGAUUGAAAAAUGUCCAUCGGCUUCUGAAACAUGGCCAGUCUUGCCUCAGUAAGCGCCCCAACUCUUUUCGACUGUGACGAUUCCUACACUUUAUUCUUGUUUGUUUUGCCGUACACUUUACCAUUUAUAUCAUAAUGAAAAAUUACUGACCCAUAUUCGGUGUUACAUUCUGACAGUUUUUCAUUUAAUACCAAUCUUCCACAUCCAUUUUGGGAAUAUUAAUUUUAGUGCACUCUUUGAUAUAUUCAGAUGCCUUAUUUUUUCAAAAAGUCAACAAACUUUGAAAGAAACCAGCGCUAGGUAGCAGUCGCUAAAAUAAAAAAAAAAUCAAACAGUUGUAAAUUGUGAUAAUCGAUACUAUGGCAGAAAACACAGCUUCAGCUGUUCUGUUCGCAGCAGGAGCAACAAUUUACGAAUUGUGCUAACAAACAUAAACACGCAAAAAACUCAUAAUCGCUUGGCAUUCAGCGAGACUGGACGGCGUGCCAACUACCAAUCAAACACAAAUCGUUUGCGAAACAAAUCAAAACAAGACACGACGUCAUCACCAUCAUCAUCAUCAGCGUCAGAAGGAAAGGAAAGGUCACAUCAUGACAAGUAGCUGCAGUUUUGCGGCGGCACUCAUUUGCGUAAUACAUUUGGUCGCAGCUUCCGCACCGCCGCCACCGCCUCAGCAGAAAAAGUGUGGCCUGUAUGGGCAAGCACCAUGUACCUUUGUUCCGGCUCCGCCAGGAAUGACACCCAAGUGUGCAUCACCCGGGAGAACGUACUGCGAGCAUAACUCCGACUAUCCUACCUACCUGAUCCAGCAGCUGGUCACCAGAUUCGGCUUGCAACGCAUUUUGGCCAACGAAGAACGCAUUCAAUUUAACGCCGAUCGGCAAGGGGACGAACAGAGCCGCCAUCUUCACUAUCAGCACUUCUACGGUCCCGACAUGCAAAUCGGACAAGCAACCAAUAAACCCACAACCCAUGAAGGUUACACCUACGACCUUCCCAAACAACAACAACAACAGCAACAACAGCAACAGCUGCAUUAUCAACCGAAUGCCAUUACGGCUAGGUACGAUCAGAAGUCGCCAUCAUCGCUGGUGCCCCAACCCAUCUUCAUCCCGAAACCGCAACAUUCGUUUAAUUACAACACUUACGUGCGACCUCCGGUGGUCCAUAAAGUCGAAACCACGGCCACAUUCAGCGGGUAUUUCUAUCCUCGUCCCGCCACUCAGUACAGUCCGGCCGAGUGGUUGAAAAGGUUCGCCCGUGAUCUCAGCGAUAAACGGGUGGCGGACAAACUCACCCGGCUCCAUCAGCACCAGCAGCAGCAGAUCAAUCCUAAUGAACUGAUCCCAACACCAUUCCGACUACCGACGGAACUGGAAAUAAAACCAUCGCCGUUCCGGGCGCCAUCGUUCGGACUGUUGAUGAACGAAACCUCCUAUCGAGACAGUUUGGUUCGAUCCCGCCAGAAGCGACAGUCCACGGACGGACGGAUUCAACUCUGCCAGACGCGGGAAAUGUUCGUUACGCCUCAGGCAGCGCUGAACACAAAAGGCAACUGGAUGUACAUCGUCAAUCAUGACGAUUCGCGACAGCUGGUCAAGGCGGAAAUUUGUUCGUCAACGGAGUGCUCCAAUCUAUGCAAUUUACCAAAUGGCUACAACUCCCGGUGCGAACAGAAGUUCUCUCAGAAGCGGUUGUUGACCCUGGACAGCGACGGACAGAGCCUGUACGUAGACACCUAUUGGUUUCCGAGCUGCUGCGUGUGUACCCUGGCGGAAAACAACUGAGGCGGGUCCCACCGCGACACGACUGGCUUGGUCACUUCAGGGAAGUUGCGGAGGCGUGGCGGCUCGAUGACUCGAUGAGAUUAUCGAUAUCUAACGUGUAGGAACAAUCAACUGUGCGAAUUUUAGCCCAAGCGGAAAACCUGUUAUCACUGCUAGAAGAACUUGAUUACCUCGACGCUAAGCUAGACCGUAAGCAAAUGCAAUUGUGAUUUUUAAUAAUAAUUUUUUUUCUUUAUUUUUAGUCCUUGUCAGUAGUUAUGUUAUGUUAAGGCUAUUUUACUUCAGUAUCAGUGAAGCUACCAACUACCAAUAUCCUAUUUGUAGUAAAUGGAAUACUAAUUUAUGUUAAA